AUGGCACCCAUCCUCCGCGUUACCGCCACCACUUUGGCUUCAACGCUCCUCUUCUCUCUAUCUUCAGCCCAGGAUUGCAACUUCAAAACUCUCAAGACAUCAUACCCAUCACCCGUCGCUGCCAAGAACUGGAGCUAUGGCCUUAUUGCCAACGAGCUUAGACGACCCCGAGGCAUUCUGUUUGACAGCAAGGGUGCCCUCAUUGUCAUAGAUUCCGGAAAUGGUAUCCUCCAUUUCGAACUCGAGGAUGGAGGAGGAACAUGCUUGCAGGUCACGAAGAAGACGACCUUGCUCAAGCAGGACAACUUGAACCAUGGUCUCGCUAUCUCCAAAGAUGGCCGUACUCUCUAUGCUUCUUCCUCCAAUGAUGUCUUUGCGUGGUCCUACGAUCCGUCAAAGGUCACCAUCGAUAACUCUACAGUCCAGACCUUGGUCACCAACAUGGCAAACAGUGGCCAUACUUCACGCACUCUACUCGUCUCAGACAAGGACCCGGACAUGCUUCUUGUGUCCCGUGGCAGUGCUGGCAACGACGAUCGUGGAGCCGAGGAUCAAGAGACCGGCCGUUCCCAGAUUCGUGCCUUUAACAUCUCAUCUGCCAUUGACUCUUACGGGGAGCCCUAUGAUUAUCUUGAUGGCCUUCGACUCGGCUGGGGACUCCGUAACUCGGUAGGCCUGGCAGAGCAUCCCGAGACGGGUGGCAUCUUCAGUGUCGAGAACUCGGCCGAUGAACUGCACCGCAACGGCGUAGACAUUCACAAAGACAACCCUGCCGAAGAGAUGAACUUUCAUGGAUAUCUCAAUGGUUCCAGAGAAGAUCAGGGCGGCAACUAUGGCUACCCUCAUUGCUACACCCUCUGGUCUACCGACGACUUUCCCAAUCGUGGUGAUCUCAAAGUUGGCGACCAAUUUCCUGCUGACCGUCAGUCUCGUCAAAACAAGGACGAUACCAAUCCUACUGACAAGGAAUGCAAUACGGAUUAUGUCCCCCCAGUGCUGGCAUUCCAAGCUCACACUGCGCCUCUGGAUAUGAAGUUUGACAACGAUGGCAAAAAUGCCUAUGUUUCGUUCCACGGAAGCUGGAAUCGUGAGCCUCCAGUUGGGUACCAGAUUUCUGAGGUACCUUUUGAAGAUGGUCGACCUGCAAACUCCUCACGAAGCAGAGACGCCGCCACACCCAUCAUCUACAACAAAAAGCUGUCCAGCUGUCCUGACGAUUGCUUCCGUCCUGUUGGUUUGGCAUGGGACACACAAGGACGAUUGUGGUUCAGCUCUGAUAAGACCGGCGAGAUCUUUGUCUUGAAUCACAACAAGGACGACUCUAGCCAAGACGGCUCCUCUAAGGGCGACAGCGAUGACGACGAUGAUAAUGACAACUCGGCAUUUUCUCUGCGGCCUGGCUCAGCAGCAUUGAUUGUGACGAUGGCGGCUGUCAUCAUGGGAGGAUUCCUCGCAUAA